GGCAGAGGAGUGCCCGAAUAAGAAAAACAACCCGUCGGCCUCCACCUAUGCCGAGGCAUUGAAGAAACCUGGGGCUGAUGGGGCUGGGUCAUCAGGGGGAGGCGGGACACAUCGCCCUACCCCUGUCCCGACCUCAACGCAGCCUGUGGUUUCUUCCUCGCCCCCGCUGUCGGUGUCAAUGUCAGUGCCGUAGCCUGUGGCUUCUUCUUCGCCCCCGCUGUCAGUACCAAUGUCAGUGCCGCUUUCGAUGCCGAUGUCCGUGGCCGUCUCAGCGUCGGUCCCGAUAUCGGUUGCCCAAGAAAUAUCUGUACCUAUGUCGGUGUCUGGGUCAUCUUCUGUCACUUCACCCCCGCCUUUGACCGUCGGACACCAAGGCGGCCAAUAUGCUGGCACUGCUUCGGCUGCUGUCCCAAUUGUCCCCUUCACCUCUGGGGAGUCGGGUUCAACAUCUGGAGUACCCCCCUCUGUUGAUGACCCAUUGCGACCGCCAGUCACACCGAUCCCUUUCGUUCAGACACCUCUGGGAAUGUCUGCCCCGGCCCUAGUCCAGGCAACACCGCUGGGGACUGUGCCGACACAGCCGGGCCCUGAGGUGUAUAUGCCGUUUCAGCACGCAUUGCCGACACCGGUAAAGAGGAAACUGUUGGCUGGAGGGCCAAAACCUGCAAAGCCUCACCCGUACACACCCUCCCAGAACAGAAAAAAGGAUUCAGAACGGGAUUACAUGAACAUGCAAUGGGGAGACGUGACAGAGGAGGAUGAGCCCAUUGACGUCUCGCAGCGACAGGAAAGACUGCAGCGGCCUGUUGCAGCAGGAAGUGAGUUGCCAUCCGCUCAGCUUCAACAGYCAGCACCCCACCCACUGGCCGACAYCRAAACAGGAACAGACAAAACARCUCUUACAGAUCCCAAGAGAGCCCAGACUUUCCCAGRCUCUCUCUUGCAAGCACUGCAGGAAGGUCGACCGUGUGUCGUCAUUCCGCUGGUCUUCAAAGCGGAAGACGGCAUACUUCAACUCAUGGGAGCGAUGACUCAUAAUGAAGUACUGACGAUCCCCCACUUUGAGCUUCAUGAAAACCCUCUCCCCGGGAUCGUCCAUCGGGAGGUCAACAAGUGGUUGGCCCCGGCCUACAAAACGAGGUCCUUUCCUGAUAUGGACUGGGUCCGCCUUACGCCAACUAACGACACAGGGAGGACAGAUAUUCUGUUUUUUCCAAUUAUCGACGCGAUUGUGAACCCGGCGGCGGGAGGCGAGGCCCCGCUUCCGGGGCUCCGCUGGAUCCCGCUAGAAUUGCUGAAGAACCCUGCAGGACAAAUGGCAGCUGGGACUAAGAUCUAUGACUGUUGGUCGGCUAGUCUAUUGGCACAGUUGGAGGAACACAUCCCAUGGCACAAGAGCAUCUUUUCUGCGCACUUUCUCCAGCUCAAGUGUCACCCGUGGGAAGAUAUACCAUCAUGCUAGACAAAAUACGAUUCGUCUCAUGGAAUGUUCGGGGUCUGGGAUCUCACAGAGUUGCCGCUAAGA